AUGAAAGAUCGAGUAAUCAGGCGCAUUUUGGGACCUGAAGUCGAUAUCUUCUGUGAUCUUGAUCCCAGUCUAAGGGAAUUUGUCACCGUCGUGAAGGGAAAGGAAGUGCUGUACGUACAAUUGGACAGAGCAUUAUAUGGGUGCGUAAAAAGCUUGAUGUUAUGGUAUGCACUUUACUCGGAAACUCUCAUGGAUAUGGGUUUUAAGCUUAAUCCAUACGAUCUGUGCGUCGCCAACUGUGACAUUGAUGGAAAGCAAUGCACGAUUUGCUGGUAUGUAGACGAUAACAAGAUCGGCCAUAUGAAAUUGGAGGUCGUAAAGGAUAUCAUCGGGAAGAUUGAAGCCAAGUUCGGCAAGAUGACAUUGUUCGGCGAAGAGCACGAGUUUUUGGGAAUGAAGAUAACAUACAAAGACGGCAAGGUGGAGAUCAGCAUGAAGAAACACAUUCAGAAGGCGAUCGAUAUGUUCAUGGAUGAUAUCAAUAGAGAGGCAACUUCGCCUGCCAAGGCCUAUCUUUUCGAUGUGAGAGAAGCUGCGAAAGAUUUGAACGAGGAAAGGGCUGACAAUUUUCACAGCGUAACAGCGUCACUUUUGUUCGUCUUGAGACGAUGCCGUCUAGACAUUCAAACUGCCAUCGGUUACUUGUACACUAGAGUAGGAUGCCCAGAUGAGGACGAUUGGGUCAAGCUCAAGAGAGUCUUGCAGUAUCUGAAAGGAUCGAUAGAUUUAACAAGAAUCAUUGGUGGAGAUGGCGGAUUUUUUCACCAAACCUUAGCAAGGUAG